AUGAUGCACGAGGGGAUGAUACUAUGAUCAAUACUUAAAACAAACACGCGUUUCUUUACCACAUUCAUCCUGUUUAACAGUCGAAAUAAAUAAUUCAUCACAUUCUUACCAUCGUUAAUCAAAAUUAUCCUCUAUUCCUAUAACUUCGUGCAGCCCUAUAAGAUCAUGUACUUUUUUAUGACGUAAACUUCUAAGCAACAUUCGAGCGCACGUACCCGAAAACUGUUCACUUUUGUAACGCGAGAAUUUCCACAGCCGAUAUGACAACAAUCGUGAGAAAAAACAAUAAAUAUGAUAUAAAUUGUCUGUUUUUCUGACCUCGUUCCAAAGAAAUAGCCUAAACAAUGUUUAAAAUCUGCACAUUUCCUUCACCAGACGGCAAUGUUUAUCAAUGUUUUGAUCGUAAAAUGUUGUAAGAGUAGUUUCCCUUGGAGGCCCGUCUAGAAUUUGUAUUUUGGACUCUGUACUUUGCAUUACAAUACGAUUAAAGUAUGCUGUAUAUGCGGAAAAUUUUUCCCCCAAAUGUUGACAUGAGACCAUACGUUAAGAUCGUGUCCGGCCUAUUGCGAUAAAGGUUCUCACUGCGUCAAUUUGGGAUUUUGUCACAAAACAACUUUCAUUAGAAGGGGUGACAGCCUUUUAUGCCCCCAUUGUGAAUAGAAUUUUAUUUAGCUUUUUUCCAUUAGUAAAUACACUUUAUCUAGACCUCUGAAAACAGUUAUCACUGUCCAUCUUUCGUUUUUAUGAAGACCAGUUUUGUUUAAACCAUUAUUUUCAUUACAGUUUAUUCACGAAAUUCAUCUAAAACAACAAAUAUUUAAUACAAAUAAACACAUAUUCACAAAAACAUAUAUCGGCUAUUAUAAACACAUCCCAGGGCCUCGCUGUGACGUCAUCAAAAUCGAUGCACGAUCUUAUAGGGUAAUUCUGUGUGACGCAGACUACCAUAUACACGAAUGUUUAAAGUUGUUUUGUGAUAUCAGGCACAGAGUUUGAAGGUCAAUUAAGUGCUCUAACUUCAUACUAGUGCCAGCCAGAUGGAUCAAUAUGGAUUUGUUAGCAGAGACAGUGGAAGUUCUGUGUAUAAAGCGACUGCAGAGUAUUUGCUCCAAGAGAGAGGUCAUGACUGGAAAAGACUUCCACCAAACUCUUCGUCAUUUCACCUUAUGUUUGGAGAGAGAAACAAACUACCAUUUGGAAGAUUAGGUCAUGAUCCUGGGCGAGUAAAUCUAGUGAAUUAUUACAGAGGCUCCGAUAUACUGUGCAGGAAAACUGCGCUAGUCAAAGUCUUCAAGGAGUAUUGCAGUAUAGUCAAGUACAGUUACCCCAAGUGGCUGCCCCGGUCAUUCCGAAUAUUUCCAAAGAACAUCAUAAAAACAAAUCUGCGCAAUUCAAACCAGUCGCUAGUGAAAGAGAAACCAGAUGAUCGUGCAGAGUUGAUUGCGGCAAAUGCAAGUCUAGUCACAGAGGAAGGCUCCAGCGUUGCAUGGAUUGCAAAAAUUACCUCGGGGGCUAAAGGUGAUGGAAUCAAGAUAUCAGACAAUGUAGAGGAGCUCCUGCAAUAUGUAGAUAGUCACGAUAGAGCCUUUGUCAUCCAGCGUUAUAUCAGGCAUCCACUGUUACUUGGGGGUACCAGGAAAUUUGAUAUAAGAUGUUGGGUUCUAUUGGAUGCCUGGUACAACGUUUACUUGUUCCGAGAAGGCGUGCUUCGCACAUGCUCCGAGUCCUAUGACCCUAAUGACCUUUCCAAGGUCACCAGCCACCUGACCAAUCACUGUCUGCAGAAGGAACAGUCCGCAAACUUUGGGCAGUACGAGGUCGGCAAUGAGAUGUUUUUUGAUGAGUUCAAUAGAUAUUUGAUGGACAGACAUGGAACUUCAAUUGAAUCUUGUGUCUUGCCUCAAAUUAAAGACAUCAUGAAGAAAUGCUUUCAUAUUGUGAAAGAAGUCACCAGUCAUGAAGUGACACAGUGAGCUUAUGUGAUCGUGUGAUGUCCGGCGUCCGUUGUGCGUGCCUGCGUGUGUCCGUGCGUCCGUCCGUCAACAAUUUGUUUGUGUAGACAGUAGAGGUCACAGUUUGCAUCCAAUCUUUAUGAAAUUUGGUCAGAAUGUUUAUCUUGAUGAAAUCUGGGUUGGGAUUUUAUUUGGGUCAUCUGGGGUCAAAAACUAGGUCACUAGGUCAAAUAAUAGAAAAACCUUGUGUAGACAUUAGAGAUCACAGUUUUCAUCCAACCUUUAUGAAAUUGGGUCAGAAUUCUUGAUGAAAUCUGGGUGGGAUUGUAUUUGGGUCAUCUGGGGUAAAAAUCUAGGUCAAAUAAAUAGAAAAACCUUGUGUUGACAAUAGAGGUCACAGUUUUCAUCCAAUAUUUAUGAACUGUGGUCAGAAUGUUUAUCUUGAUGAAAUCUGGAUUGGGAUUGUAUUUGGGUCAUCUAGAGUCAGGAACUAGGUCACUAGGUCAAAUCAUAGAAAAACAUUGUGUAGACAAUAGAGGUCAUAGUUUUCAUCUGAUCUUAAUGAGUCAGGUGAGCGAUUCAGGGCCAUCAUGGCCCUCUUGUUUAUUAAUGUCUUUUGGUAAGCUGUUGUGAUCCCAAUUAAGAUUGUAAACAAUUUCUAAUGUUUAUGCAUAUUUCUGACAAUAUAUGUACCGGUACUUGGGUUUUGUCUUAUUGCUGUUUUUUUUAAUGAAAUUUGACGUCUAGACGGUAGGGUAGUUGCAAUAAUUCAACUCUCAGCUUAGGCCCCACCAUAGCAAAAAUUAUCAAAGGUUCAGAGAGUCCGUUUAUAUGGACUAGAAGGUAGGGAUAAUUAAAUAAAAAAAUCUCUGUUAAAAGUGCGGUGACCCCUUUUUUUAUUUGUGUUUUAUGAUGAAAAUACGUAGAUGAACAUAUUUGAGCAGUUUCGCAGAAUUCUAUUCGGCAGAAUUUUUUAAAAUUCCAUUUAUGUGGUUGAAAUAUUUAAAAA